UUAACAGAAAGGGCCAUUCUUGCUCUAAACUCAGGCUGAUGGACUUGACGUCAUGGGUGAUCGUUCCUUUCCUUAUUGGCAGUAUUGGAAUCUAUAGUCUGUUCAAAGUCUUACAGCGGCUACGUAGCCGUGCUUAUGUCCAAGAUGCUGUGGUUGUUAUCACAGGUGCCACCUCUGGCCUAGGCAAAGAAUGUGCGAAAGUAUUUUACAAGGCUGGUGCUCAACUUGUUUUAUGUGGACGUAGUGAAGAAAGACUUAAGGACCUAAUAAAUGAACUGAGUCGAAUGCCAAAAGGUAAAAUGCAAAUGUAUAAACCACAUAUGGUAAUAUUUGACCUGUCAGAUGUAGAGGCUGUAACCAGCGCAGCCAAUGAGAUUCUUCAGCUUGCGGGAAAAGUGGACAUCUUAAUUAAUAAUGCAGGAAUUAGUUAUCGUGGAACCAUUCGGGACACAAAGAUUACUGUGGACAGGAUGAUUAUGGACACAAACUAUUUUGGACCGGUGGCUUUAACUAAAGCUCUUCUUCCAUCAAUGAUCAAGAAUAAAAGAGGACACAUUGUUGCCAUAAGUAGUAUUCAAGGAAAAAUAAGUAUCCCUUUCAGAUCUGCAUAUUCAGCAUCUAAGCAUGCUACACAAGCCUUUUUUGAUUGCUUGAGAGCUGAGAUGGCACCACAUGAGAUUGAAGUCACUGUGAUAAGCCCCGGAUAUAUUCAAACCAGCCUGUCAUUGAAUGCGGUGACUGAAGAUGGGUCCAAAUAUGGAGUAAUGGAUAAAACCACAGCUGAAGGCAGAACACCAGAAGAAGUUGCACAGAUUGUGCUGCGUGCUGUAGGUGAAAGAAGUAAAGAAGUUCUGAUAGCUGGACUGGUGCCUACAUUAGCUGUAUACCUGAGGCCUCUUGCUCCAAAAAUCUUUUUUUCUCUCAUGGCAGCAAGAGCUAAGAAGGAAGGAAAGCAGAAAAAUUCAUAG